CUCUUCUUCCUCCUCAGUUGAGGAGCUCCAUGGAGAGAUGAUGAUGGCGAGCGAAAUGUUUUUGUCCCGGCAGUGAUGGCGACUGCUACUGAAUGGCUGCCUCUCUGAGCAGCGGCCCUGCAGCAUGGAUUUCGUGGUGCUCAAGGUGAACGGGCUAGAUGUGUCGACUGCCUCCCACGAUGAAGCCGUGGCAGCCUUCAUGUCUGCCCGAGAACCCAUCUUAGUAGAGGUCCUGCGACGGCCUCCCCCUCGACACCCUGCCCAGGCAGAUGCUUUCUGUCAGACGGAUGAACCGCUUGUGGAGGACGACACCCUGGAUGUAGAGGAGGUGCGUCUCUUGCGUCAAGGUAACGGGGGAAAGCUAGGAGUUACGCUCUACUACACGGACACUCAGGUGUACGUCGGAGAGGUGGAUCCGCACGGGAUCGCAGCCGGAAGGUUACGCGAAGGUGACGAAAUCCUGCAGGUGAACGGCGUCGAAGUUUACAGCCGUGAGCAGGCGGUGGCGCUGUUCUCGGAGCGCCGGCCCGACGUCACUGUACUAGUCGCGAGAGCUCCAGUACAGGAAAAAGAGGGACUGCGUCGGUUUCCCGAAGAAGAAGCAUUGGCUCGGCGAAUGGAACGCGUCUCCCUCAAGGCGGACCUCCGAACAGACAGUGCCUACCACACAGGAACCUCAUCCGCAGUGGACGAUGAGAAGAAGAGCUGCGAGUCAUGCCGACGUAGGAUACCAAAGACCGUGAGUGCCCCCACAAUGUACACGACGCCAGCCAACUUGCAAGAGACUAUGACGUUGCAACAAGAGCUGCUGCUGCAAGGCCAAACAGAAAGCGGUUGGAAGGUGAAGAGACGGCCGGACGGUACGCGCUACGUGAGCCGUGCAGCCAGAAGCAAGUUGCUCAAGGUGCGCCAGGAACAGAUUGUCCAAGAGAGAGCAGGAAUCACUACGGACGAAGACAACCAGUCAGAGCUGAAGACAGGCAGGUAUUGGCCCAAGGAAGAACGCAAGAAGCAUCUCGAAAGAGCUAAGGAGCGCAAAAAGAAAGAGAUGAUGUUACGCUUCAAGAUGGCUGUCCUCAAUGAAGGAAGCGGAAAGGGAUUGCUCUCUGUCACAACUGUUUGAAUCUCUCUUUUGUCCAUAUAUGUGUACAUAGGAUACAGCAAUAAACUUCCACUGUCCUACAUCAUGCUCGA